AUGAGCGACGAGGUUAAUGUUGGGGACAAGCUUCGAGCGUUGGCCUUGAGAGGACCUGAAAACUUAGUUCAAUUGCUCAAACAGCAGGAUGAAGAACUGGAAAGUAAAUUGGGCCAGGACAGCGGGAUUCUGGACCUCCACAGAGCUAUCAAUGAGGAUCCAGAGCUUAAACAGCGCGUUUCCAUGAUUCUGGACAAAUUCUACAACAUGGCCGAGAGAAAUGAAGAAGACGUGGACGACAUUUACGAUGCCGAAGAACACCGAGGGAAAUCGGCCGCCAGGCUGCGAGAUGUAAAUGUCACAGAAGAGGUAGUACCGCCCGAGAAUUUUAGUCAUAUAGUAGGUGAGAUUUACCGGUCAAGUUUCCCACGACCGGAGAACUUCUCGUUCUUGCAACAUAGCCUUCGGCUCAAAUCGAUCAUGGUCCUGAUACCCGAGGAGUAUCCCUCCGAAAACACAGACUUUAUGGCCCAGGCUGGUAUUGAAUUGUUUCAAAUUGGAAUGAGCGGGAACAAGGAACCGUUUGUGAACAUUCCGUGGGACCUUCUAACGAGAGCCCUGGAAGUGGCCAUCAAUCCAGCAAACCACCCGAUUCUGAUACAUUGCAACAGGGGCAAACACCGCACAGGAUGCCUGGUUGGGUGUAUCCGACGAUUGCAAAACUGGUCGCUAACGAUGAUUUUCGACGAGUAUCGUCGCUUCGCGUUCCCGAAGGCGAGGGCCUUGGACCAACAGUUCAUUGAGAUGUACGACGAGGACAAGAUAAAACAAAUUGCGGAGGACAAGGACUGGCUGCCGAUCAGAUGGUGA